GGAGCGGGUUGAUUCAGACGCUAGUACAUGCAGCUAGCAGCCAGUAGCAAUCCGUAGUAAGGAUGGCGGCCGAUGUAAAAGUGACUCCGAAGUGUAGUUUGGAUGCGAAUUCUUGUGUUUCUUUGUUAGACAUUCUAAUAUCAUUUAAUGCUCCUAUUAAUGAGCAGCAUGCAUGGGCGUUGUGUUAUCAGUGUGCAAAGUCCUUUAAAAAUGCAAUGCCGGGUGAUAAGGGCAAGUGUUAUUAUGUGACAGAACUGGAGCAUGUUUUACUUCACAAAGAUGGAUAUGUGCACCCAAACACGAUAUUCGCCGGUGGAGGGCCGAACGACACAGGGCCUCCGUCGUCGAGGGUGCCUGUCUCAUCGGAGCUACAGGUGGUGUUCCACCUGGGCCUCAUCAUCUACCGGGCGCUGGACUUCGGCCUCAACGAGCGCGAGGAGCGGCACCUCAGCCCCGACCUGGAGGCCCUCAUCGACAUGAUGACAGAGAGCGCGCAGGAGCGGCAGCAGCAGGAGACGGACGACGAGGGCAUCGAGCGAGACUCCGCUGACAGCGAAGACGACGUCGACGCUGCCGUCUCUGGGGACCGCGGACGGGUCUCCCUCUCCACCGUCAUACAGAGGUGCAUCUCGCACGUGGGCGCGCCGAGCGCGCAGCAGGCGGACCAGCACUACCGCGCCGUGUGCCGCGCGCUGGUCGCGGAGGCCAUCGAGCUGUCGCAGUUCCUCGAGAAGGUCUCGCAGGGCACGCGCGAGCUGCGCGCCACGGCCGAGGCCGCCUCCACCGACCUCGACAUGCUGCGCUUCUCCGACUGGACGGGCCUUAGGAUGUGGAGAGUGCUCCAAGCGCGGCUAUGGGUGCAGGUGAUCCACGAGCUGCGGCACGGCGUCAAGCUGAAGAAGGUGAACUAUAGCCGCGGGCCAAUAGAGUACGAGCUCACGCCCUACGAGAUGCUCAUGGAGGACAUCCGCUCGCGCCGCUACAAGCUCAACAAGGUGAUGGUGGACGGCGACAUCCCGCACAGGGUGAAGAAGGACGCGCACGCCAUCAUCCUCGAGUUCAUCCGCUCCAGGCCGCCGCUCAGGAAGGCGUCCGAGCGGAAGCUGCCGCCGCCCCGCAGCAGGCAGUGCACGCCCAGGGAGCUGCUGAUGGAGUCCAUCAAGCGCGGCUGCCACCUGCGGCCGUCCCUGUCCCACCUCAAGAAGAGGAUGACCGUGGCUUCCUUUGAUGGGUGGCCGCGGUACGAGAUGGCAGCUCUGUCGCCAUGGCACACUCCGACAUCUGUUAUUCCUGUGGAGAGUCCACAGGGAAACAAGGAAGAACCUGUGGCGAACGGCAACGCCAAGAACACCAGGCGACUCAUCAAAGUCGAUUUCUCCGUGCUGCAGUUACGACACAGACGGGGCGAGAUCGGCUUGCAGCGUGGCGGCGGCACCGGCAGCGGAGGUGCAGUUUCUCCAGCCCGCUGCGCCGCCCCGCCCUCGCUGAGGCCGGCCACUUUCACGCUCGCCGGCUGUCGGCUUCGUCUUGUUGGCCACCAGCCCCGGAAAACGCAGGCCGACCUGCUCCCGAGAAAGUUCUGCGGCCGUCCGCGAGAACACAGGAAUGGUGUCCUGCCGCAGCGGUACACAGCCUUACCUCGCGGCCACCGGUAG